CAAGAUGGCGGAAGUGGACAUUCAAGGAAAGAUUUCUAGAUUCUUAUUACAAUAUCAAUUCAGGUUUUUAUUCAUUGCUGUACAAAAAAAAUGGAUGAUUGAAGUUUACUAAAUAAAGCAGAGGUACAAAAAAAGGAAACUGAUUACUACAAUGGAGGUUUGGAAAAUCAAGCUCUUUAUUCGCAUUUGUGUGCUAUGUCCAGAUUUACAUCAUUUGAAAGAAGAGGAAUUGAUCUGCUUAAUUGAAGAAUGCUUGGUCGUGGCUCUUUUCCUAGAAGAUGUCGUCACUCAGAGAAUCAGUUAUUUAUUACUUGGUACAUUAUAUAAACAAAUUCAUCAGAUAGAAAGAGCAAUUGAAUAUUACAAAAAGCAUCUACACAUUGCUAAUGAAAUGGGCGACAUAAAAGGAGAAUUUACGGCCUACGAACGUUUAGCAAAUGCCUAUGACUUACUAGGCGAUUUCCGCGAGGCAAUUAAACAUCACAAAAAGUGUUUAAACAUCGCUGAAGAGAUGGGCUAUAAGAUUGAAGAAGGAACCGCCUAUGGGAAAUUGGGAAAUGACUAUCAGUCAUUAGGGGAAUACCACAAGGCAAUAGAAUAUCACGAGAAAUGUCUUAGCAUUGGUGUGGAGAUAGGAGACAGAAAAAUAGAAAGUGACGCUUGCUGUAAUCUAGGGAAUGCGUACCAAUCACUUGGGAAAUACCAAAAGGCAAUAGAAUAUCAAGAAAAACAUCUAGGUAUCACUAUUGAGAUAUCGGACACAGCGGGAAAAGCAGUAGCUUAUGGGAACUUAGGAAUCAUUUACAGAUCAUUAGGGAAUUACCAAAAGGCUAUUGAAUAUCAAGAGAAGAGUCUUGACAUUGCUCUUAGUAUAGGUCAAAGAAAGUUGGAAGGUCAUGCUUAUGGAAAUUUAGGAAAUGCCUAUCAGUCAUUAGGGAAAUAUCAAAAGGCAACAGAAUAUCUCGAUAAGUGUCUUGGUAUAGCUACAGAAAUAGGUGACAAAGAAGCAAAAAGAAAUGCUUACGGGAGUUUAGGAAACAUUUGUCGGUCACAAGGGAAAUACCAAGAGGCAAUGGAGCAUCAUAAAAAAUGCCUUAGCAUCGUUAUUGAGAUAGGUGACAGAAGGGGAGAGGGAGCUGCUUAUGGAGACAUAGGGAGUACAUAUAAGUCAAUAGGGAAAUAUCCAGAGGCAAUCGAUUAUUUUAAAAAGCGUCUAAUCAUCUGUAAAGAGAUUGGUGAUAGACAAGGAGAAGAGUCUGCUAAUGGAAACAUGGGAACUGUUUAUCAUGCAUUAGGAAAAUACCAUGAAGCAACCAUGUAUCAAAAGAAUUGCCUCAGCACUGCUAUUGAGAUAGGUGAUAGACAAAAUGAAAUAGCAACGUACUCAAACUUGGGAAAUGCCUAUCAGUCUUUAGGAAAAUAUCAAAAGGCAAUUAAAUAUUACGAAAAAAGUCUUAAAAAUGCUAAAGAGAUAACAUUAAAAAGAGAAGAACAAGUUGCUUAUGGAAACUUGGGAACUGUUUAUCAGGCAUUAGGAAAAUACCACGAAGCGAUAAAGAUUCACAAGAAAUCCCUCAGCAUUGCUAUUGAGAUAGGUGACAGGGGAAACGAAGGAGUAUCCUACGGAAACUUAGGACAUGCAUAUUAUGCACUCAAGAAAUACCACGAGGCAAAGGAUUAUUACGAAAAAAGGCUUAGCAUCGCYAUGGAGAUAGGAGAUAGAGAAGGAGAAGGAGCAGCUUACGGAAGCAUAGGAACUAUCUAUAGGUUUUUCGCUAAUUACCAAAAAGCGAUUGAAUAUCACGAAAAGUCUCUAAACAUCGCUAUUGAGAUUGGUGACAGGCCGAGAGAGGGGAAUGCGUACGGGAACUUAGGAGUUGCCUAUUGGUCAUUAGGAACAUAUUAUGGACAAAUUGAAUAUCAAGAAAAGUGUCAUGGCAUCGCUAAGGAGAUUGGUGACACAGAGAGAGAAGGAGUGACUAAUGGAAGCAUAACAAGGGAGUUGCAUUCACUAGAGAAGUACCAAGAGGCCAUUGAGUACCAUAAAAAGCACCUAAGUAUUGCUGUAGAGAUAGAUGACAGAAAUGGACAAGUACAUGCGCAUCUUAGUAUUGGAACUUGCUAUGCAUAUCUGGCAAAACUGCAAGACAGCGAUCUAAAUAUCAACAUCAUGAUGAAAAAAGCAGAAAGUCACUUAAAGAAGAGUAUAGGAACUUUUGAGUCGUUGUUUGAUGACCUGGAUCAAGACCAAUAUAAGAUAUCAAUUGUUGAAACGUACAUCGGUUGCUACACGGCACUGGCACUUGUUUAUGUAGAGACUCAACAGACGGACGAAGCACUUCUUGUAUCGGAUCGUGGACGAGCCCGUGCUUUGGGGGAUCUGUUGACUUUGAAAUACAGCAUGGAUAAAGAAACUACAUCAAAAAGUGCUUUCAUUCAAGUUACCGACAUUGAGAUGUUUUUGUCGACUUGUAAUUUCGGAAUUCUGUUUUAUGCUCUAUUUCGAGAUGAAUUGGAUGCUAAUAUUUGGGUUCUAUCUCAUCAAAGCCCACCAUAUUUUCAUCCUAGUAAGAUCAAAGGAUCCAUCUCUAAUCUUGUGGAGAAGAGCUACAACAAACUGAAGGUCAGAGAAGGAAUAAAAUGUGAGGACAGGUCGCUGGGAUUACCCGACGUUGAAGACCAAGAUAUUGAAAACGAGCGUGUGUCAUCACUAAUCUUAGACCAAAACACCACAAAAGAAGGAGAAAGUGACAAAGUGGACAACAAAACGGAUGCUAGAUGUAUAUAUGAUGAAGAUCAUGAUACUGACGAGAAACCGUUGGAAUUGUUAUAUGAUGAACUAAUUGCUCCGGUACAUCACAUGCUUGUUCAGGAUGAGAUUGUCAUUAUUCCUGAUGGAGGUCUUUACAUGGUGCCUUUCGCAGCUUUCCAGGAUCCCAAGACAGGACAAUUUCUAUCGGAAACUAAGCGCAUUCGCCUGGCACCUUCUUUAGCAACUUUGAAAGUUCUCCAAGAAUCCUCAGAUGAUGAACAUGACAGGACAGGCGCAUUAAUUGUUGGAAAUCCUAAAAUUGGGCAAGUCGAGUUUGAAGGCAGUGUAAGAUCGUUUAUAGAUUUACCUGGUGCAGAAGAUGAAGCUAAAGAGAUUGCCAAACUAUUUGGAGUGGAGCCAUUGAUAGGAAGUCAAGCAACCAAAGAAGCAGUUCUCCAAAAACUACACGUUGGCGUGUCUGUCAUCCACUUUGCAGCACAUGGAAGUGAGAAAAAUGGACAAAUUCUUCUUGCUCCAUCUGCGUCGUCGUUAGCAACGAACAGCAUUCCAGACGAGGAGGACUUCGUCUUGACAAUGAAGAAAGUACAAGAAAGUGGUAUACGAGCCCAACUUGUUGUGCUGAGCUGCUGUCACAGUGGUCGUGGUGAGAUCAAGGCAGAGGGAGUGGUAGGGAUGAGUCGAGCGUUUCUUGCUGCAGGAGCUCGAGCUGUUGUUGCGUCAUUGUGGGCGAUUGGUGACAACGCGACGAAAGAAUUCAUGUUGAAGUUUUAUUCGCAUUUAAAGAGAGGAAAGAGUGCAAGUAAGAGCCUACAGCAAGCAAUGAAUAAUAUGCGAGAAACGGAGACAUACAUGGAACCAAAGCACUGGGCUGGCUUUUUUCUUAUUGGUGAUGACGUCACCAUCAGUGUAUAAUUUGCUGUUUGAUUAGAAAAGUAAUGACUAAUAGUCCCUUUCACAGUUCCCUUCGCCGUCUUGAAAGGUAGUCGUGCCUUUGCAUCCAAGCUAGACGAACGGUGGGCUUGCAAUGAUAGAGAAGUGAAUAAUUUUUCGAGGUGUCAGAAAAAGGUCUCUAUCAUUGCCAGGUCACCGUUCGACUAGCUUCGAUGCAAAGGCACGGCUACCUUUCAAGAUGCCGCAGAGAACUGUGAAGGGGACUCUUGUUACAUACCAAAUGUUAAAGUACAUAUUUUGGAUUCUCAUUGGCCAAGAUGGUACCACGUGAUAGUCAUCAAGUUUCAUUAUAUCCCGGCGAGCUAGUAACAUUACAAUGUUCACCGGUGAGUAACAAAACCGGAAGGGAUUUCACAAGAAAUAUAGCUUUUUUCAAGUUCUUAAAAAUCAGAUGAAAUAAUCGAAGAAUAGUUUCGUGUUCUUGGACACUUCUGUUUCGUUUAAGAUGAGCUGAAACUCCGCCUCCCUAUUAAUGCCGAGAAGCUCUUUUCAUUUCGGUUUUUAUUUUGACAAAACUGCUCGUUUUAAGGGAGGUAGGGCCGUCACUUGACCUGUUAGUGCAAAUCUUCUAUUCAACCCUAUUAUAUUCUAAUCUUUAGAUUUUAUAACACGAUUUGGUAGGGUUACUAGGAUUACACAGAUUAGAUUUCAUCUAGGCUCUUGUAGAUCUAGUUAUUAGAAUUCAGAAGUUUAUUUUUGCAGAGGAAUAAAAACUGGAGUACCCGCAGAAAGACCCUCUAAGCACAUGAGAGAAUCAGCAAACAACUCGAUCUACUCUCACAAAUGUCAUCGUCAGCCAGGAAUCGAACCCGGGUCGCGUUGUCACCACCGGUGCGCAAGACUUUUAACACAAACUAAAAACCUCAUUUAUUGACUUGUAUGUUGAUUAAUUUAAGUUUUCUUCAAUAUUCAAUAGACGUUCUCAUCGCCAAAGGCGAUAGGCAAUCCUGAGGUGAUAGGCGAUUUUAGACCUAAUCCGCUAACGUGUUGCUAUACGUUACCACCCAACCUUCUGGGAAUAGAAGCGUUUGUCUCUACGAAUUCAACUCUGAAACCAAAAUAUAACGAACAAUGAAACUUACUCUUACUCCAUUACACGUUAGCCGAUUAGGUCUAUUGAAAUAGGUGUAUACUGUUUUCCUAUAAUUUCUAUAGAACGUAAUUUGUUAUCAAUAAAAAUCACAAUAAUAAUAAAUGGGGAUUAACAGUGGUUCUACAGAGUGUCUCUUCUUCCACUGGAUUCUAAUUGGCAUCUAGAAGUCGAUUUUUGUGGAGGGAGAAAAACCGGAAACCGGACAAACUAAAACCCUCGAAGCACAGGAGUUAACUAUAGACCCCUUGCAUGUGACGUCAAAGCAGCACGAUCAAAGCAAAAGAAUUCCAAUCUUCUGAGAAUCGGAACCUAUUGUUUUGUCUACCAGAUUGAGCUGCAUUCCAAAGGCUGCGAGGUGUCUAUUGAUAGCAGUAGACUUGAUAAUCCCUAAGGAUACCCCUACCCUUACAACUUCAAGAGCAUAGUGCAGUGCUAUCUUAUACCUCGAUUGUCACAAAUUACA